AGAUUACCAAGCUCCUGCAUCUGUGUUAGUCGGCCCGCGCUCCUCUUGCUGAUCCAAGCGAUGCUGAUUGCUGAUCCGAGUACCGUUUUCCUGAUUGUUUACGUUCAUUAAUUCAUUUCGCAAACAUCGAGUGAUACAGCUGUGACAUUUAAAUCUAUGAUUCAUGGAUAGUUUUUCAUGGAUAGUGAUUAUCAGAGGCUGGUGAUUGGGUACUGUGAGUGUGAUCGGUUCUCUGGAUAAAACGUUGUUUUUCCGGGAUUGAUUAUUGUUUGUUUCCAGUGUUGACGGAUAGGAUACUUGAGCUUAGUUGAUGUAAAAGAACGAGAUUCAAGACAAAAUCUCUGAUAAAAGAUCAAGACGAGGGAUGGGCUUUUUCGGUUAGAGAGAGGCCCACGCCUUAAACAUGACGAUCAAAACGGAGGCAGAUAGCGCCUUCAAAGAGCCCGGUUAUGCCUCCUCCGAGGAGGGCGAAUCCCUUUGCGCCCUGAGGGACCCCCGGAAGGACGCCGACCCUUCGAAGGGUAAAAACGACAGCGGCUUCAACUCGUCCGAUGACAACCUUUCAUCAACCUCAGACACAAAUUCGGUCAGUUCGACGGACUCACCCUCUUCAGACGGGAUCACCUCGCCCGUAACCGCACACCUCCCGGAGGAAGUCCUCGCGAGCCUGCCCGAUGGAGCUGCGGAAUUCUUAAGGCUAAUCAGGGACGGGACGAAGGUCGGGUUGCCUGACAGCUUUCAAGUGCCUAUUGAGGAUGUGCCAAGCUGGUUUGACAAGAAGAAGUAUCAACUAGGUCGUCAGUUCGGCCACAAGUACUACUUCGGAAUCAACUUCGCCGAGAUGGUCUCUUUGUACCUGCUGUUUCUCCCUGAUAGAACCCUCGAGCCUUUAAUAUUCACCGGAAAUUCGCACACACCUUAUAAAGCCUUCAAAAGGUACUUAUCGACGGGCCUGCGGGUGAAAUCCUGGAUUGACUGUGAUAUAUUCGACACAGAGAGCGUGGGCUACAAGAACUUACGCACUGUGCGGGCGAUGCACCUGAACGCGAGUCGCAAACUGAACGGGUGCCCGAGGGAGGAAAUCGCGCGGCGGGGCACCAUGGCCGGCGAACCGGGUCGAGAGGGGGUCUGGUGCCCCAGCUACCAGGGCAUCCGGAAGGACCUCGCUGGAACAUGCCCCUUUGCCGGUUUCGAUGAGGCUUUCAAGAAGGAGCUUCAGGAUGCGGAGGCGACACGGCUGUACUUCAGUCAGACGGACAUGAGCAUCACGCAAUUCGGAUUCGUGGGGCUGGUUCUCCUGUACCCGGGGAAGUUCGGAGCUGGUUCGGCCACGGAUGAGGAGUUGGAGGGUUUCGCCCACCUCUGGAGGUGCAUCGGGUACCUGCUUGGCAUCGAAGACCGCUUCAAUUUCUGCCAGGGCACUCUCGCUGAAGUCCGACAGAGGACUGCGUAUACUUUGGACUUCCUCAUCAAGCCUCGGUUCAAGGACGCAGGUCCCGAUUGGGAGCACAUGUCUCGAUGCAUGGUCGAAGGGAUCUCCUACUACAUCCCGGGCGUGACGUUCGAGGUCUCGCUGAGCUACAUGUGCUGGGCCUUGGACAUCCAGAUCCCCUCCGUCUCCACCAAGCUCACCGUCGUCCAGAACUUCUUCUUCGGUCUCACCAAACUCUUCUUCUGCCACACCUCCCGCAUCCCGGCCGUCCUCCGCUUCCACAACUACCUCCUCCGCAACGCCCUCCAGAAGGUCCAGAAACAACCCCGCGAGUGGCACGAGAAACUGGAGGGUAAGAAGUACGACUACCAGAAAACCGGCGGCAGGGAUCACUUCGCACAGAUCGGAAACGAGUUACCAGUGCUCUCGUAGUUUUUAGUUUAGGUUUUAGGUUCCUCCACACCGUUUACAAAUCGUGCUGUAUUUUGAAUCUCAUCCGGUUAUUACCUGGUUAAUAAUCGAUAAAUUAUGUUUUUUGAUGGAGAAUUAGCAGAUGCCUCCACGCCGUUUGCAAAUCGUGCUGAAUUUUGAAUCUCAUCCGGUUAUUACCUAGUUUAUAAUCGAUUAAUUAUGUCUUUUGAUGGAGAAUUUGCAGAUGCCUCCACGCCAUUUACAAAUCGUGCUGUAUUUUGAAUCUCAUCCGGUUAUGUAUGUAUAAAAGCCGCUUUUACGGCGUGCUAGGGCGCUCUGCGACGCCUACUCGCCACAGGGAUCUGUCAUGGUACCUAGAGAUCCUCCGGAAGCUGGCAUCUCUCCAUCUCUUCACUGUUCCGGUUCACGGUUCAUCCGGUUAUUACCUAGUUAAUAAUCGAUAAAUUAUGUUUUUUAAUAGAGGAUUUGCAGAUGUCUCCACGCCGUUUACAAAUCGUGCUGUAUUUUGAAUCUCAUCCGGUUAUUACCUAGUUAAUAAUCGAUAAAUUAUGAUUUUUGAAGGAGAAUUUGCAGAUGCCUCCACGCCGUUUACAAAUUGUGCUGAAUUUUGAAUCUCAUCCAGUUAUUACCUAGUUAAUAAUCGAUAAAUUAUGUUUCUUGGUAGAGAAUUUGCAGGUGCCUGAGAUUUGAUGAAUUUCCUGUUUAUAGAAAAACUGAUAAAAGAACUGUACACGAGGAUACCGUUGGUUCAUAAAUUGAACAAUAAUUAUUGGGGAAUAUAUGACCAAAAUAAUCUAAUCUGGUAAAAUACAUGUGUUUAAAUGGGAAAUGCAUCCGGAUGACGUCACUUGACGGUUCAUUUCCUCACUUUUACAUCUAUUUUUAAACUAUGUCCUAUGUUAGAUAGAAAUGUAUGUAGGUACUGCGAAAUCAGCUCUUUAAGCACUCUUAGACGAUGCAAUAAAAAAUUGCGUGCAAAUUCUCCAUUGAUCUGUUUUUACAGCAAGUAACUAUUCAGUCAACUAAUAGAUCUUUGAUAUCGGGCACUAAAUUAAAAAAUGUUCAUCUUCUACACCACUAGAUUUUUUUAUAGAUAAGGUUGAAGCAUAAAAAAUAGAAAUGCCUAAGUACAUACAUUUGAAAAGGAAGCGGCCGAAUGGCUUUUAUGAUUUAAUUGAAUCAGACAAAAUGUCGAUUUUAAUUGUCUUGGCUACUUUGCCUUAGUGUAGAUUUUUCUCAAAUGAAGUUGUUAGCUUCUCUGCUCUUUUGUACCUUCUAGUAUGAAUCACACCAUUUUCAUUUUUAUUUCAUGCAUGGAUUUAAAAAUGGUGCUUAAAACUUUACCACUGACUCAUAAGAUGAAAAAAAAUGUUGGGCUAGACCUUCGUACAAUUUUAGCACGAUUAAAACGUAUAUGUAAAAAAAAAACAUUGAGAAAUGAUAUGGGUCAUAAAGAACCACUUGCAAUAUAAGUAUUGGAGGCUAUAAUCUCAGUCCUGUCUGACCUGAGUUGAUUCAGUGUCGUCUCUUGUAAAACUCUCAACGACUACGAAUGAUUUAAUUGAUUUUCUCCGUUUAGUGAACUUAGCAUAACGUUGCUGCAAUAUCAAACCCCCUCCUUUAUAAUCAAAUCGCGCUGUGAUUGCUUUGAAUUCUGGUGAUUUAGAGUCUAUAUAUAGUAUUAUUUUGCAACAAUCAUAAUGAAUCUGAGUAGUAUGUACAUGUUAUUAUGAGCAACUGAACAUUGCCUCAUAGAGAUCAAAUCUGCACAAAAUCUUCUCCUCAGAGGAGACGAGGUGAAUUGUGAUAGAAUGCGGGUUUCCCUCUCUAACUCUGUGAAGACUAUUUUUAUUCUAAUUUUUCUCCCAGUUGCACUUUAUCUGUUCCACUUUUGUACCUUACUUUUACAUUAAUAAAACUGUACAAAUUUUUCAUUUUCACCGCU